AUGUGGAGGGGCGAAGAUUAUGAGUUUCAGGCUGUCGGGGAUAAGGAAGCCCCGGAUUACGGUGACGGGUCUUCAGCAAUUACAGUAAAAGUUCAUCACGGUGGGGGUUUUGCGAGGAGGAAUGGGUAUUUUGGACCUCAUAAGAUUUAUUUUAGAGACAUGAGUAUGAAAGAAUAUUCUGGUAUGAGGAGGUUAAUUGGAGAUCGAGAUUUGGUGGACCUCAUUCGCCUAUUCUCAACUGACAACCCAAUUGUUGUACUCUAUAGUAUUGGGAUCCAUGAACCUGAUACCUUACCUUUAGAUAAGCCCAAGCCUGGUGAGGAAAAUCCAAUUGCAGCAGAAGAUAGAUUAGAAGAAUCUAAUGGGGAUGAGUCUGAUCAGGUGAAUGAAGCUUUGAUUAAUUUUGUUGUUGAAUAUGUGAGAGCAUCGGGUUGGAGUACAUUGCAAAAGCCAACUGAGUUUGUGCCUUAUAAAUUAGGUGAUAGGGUGAUAGAUGAUUCAGAAGAUGACUGUGGUUCUUGCUCAGAAGGGGGUUUAAUUCAUGAUUCGGAUGAUGAAGGACCGAGGGGUAAGAAAUAUAGGGAGUUCAAGCUUCACUUAGAAAUGCAUAAUCCCUCUUUUGAACUCAAUCAAAAAUUCUCAUCCAAGUAG